AUGGAUCCCUCAAAAGUCGACAUCCCGCUAUUGAAGGACCUCACCAUCGACAACAUCACCGAGAACGUCCACCUGAUAAACUCGGGAUGCCCCGACCCGCGGCUGAAGUACAUAUUGGAGCGGCUGGUGACGCACGCGCACGACUUUGCGCGCGAGACGCGGCUGAGCACCGACGAGUGGAUGACGGGCAUCAAGUUCCUGACCGAGGUCGGCCAGAUCUGUAGCGACGUGCGGCAGGAAUUUAUCCUCCUGUCCGACAUCAUCGGCCUCUCGCUGCUGGUCGACAGCAUCGACCACCCCAAACCACGCGCCAGCACCGAGGGCACGGUGCUAGGGCCCUUCCACACGCACGACGCCGAGAGCGAGGCCAACGGCAGCACCAUCUCGCACGACCCGGACGGGGAGCCGUGUCUGGUGCUGUGCAGCGUCAAAGACACGGCGGGGAAGCCGCUCGACGCCGUCAAGGUCGACGUGUGGGAGACCGACUCCAAGGGCUUCUACGACGUCCAGUACGCCACGCGCGAAGGGCCCGAUGGCCGCGCCGUCCUGCAAAGCGAUGCCGACGGCGUUUUCUGGUUCAAGGCUAUCGUCCCCGUCCCGUAUCCUAUUCCGCAUGAUGGGCCCGUGGGGAAGCUGCUCCGUGUGCUGAAGCGCCAUCCGUAUCGCCCUAGCCAUAUGCACUUCAUGUUCGACAAGCCGGGCUACGACCACCUGAUCACCGCGCUCUACCUCCGCAACGACCCCUACGAGACCUCCGACGCUGUCUUCGGCGUCAAGGAAUCGCUGCUUGUGGACCUCGGCCGCGUCGACGCCGACCAAGCCCGUCGCUAUGGCGUCAGCGAGGGCGCGAAGCUGCUGACGUAUGACUUUGUGCUCGUGUCGGAUGAGGAGGCGAAGCGCCUGCGCGAGAGCGAGGCCAUGAAGGCAAUGGAGGCGCUGGGCAGGCGCAUGAAGUUGUAUAAUGGUCUGCCGGUUCCUGAUGUCGAUUAG